AUUCGAAAAAUUCUUUGCAUUACUUUCUCGGCUGGCUAAAACUUUUCCUUGGACGUAAUAAACGAGAAGUCUUACCUACAAUGUUGCAAGAAAACCAGCAGCUUUGGGAGGACUAUAGAAAAAUGAAAAAAGAUGGGAAACCUACGACUUCGGAAUUAAUUGACAAAGAAAAGUUGAUAAAGCAGUCGGAAAGUAGAAUUGAGAAUGCUUCCUUUGGAAUCGAACAUCUAUUUCGGGAGGUUGGACAUAUAUAUGAUGCAAUUGUAGUCUUGAAACUUAACCCAGAAAAAUAUACUUUACCGAAAGUUGACACUGUGGCAAAUAUUUUUGCAAUGCUCGUUCUGAACGGACUGACGUUUGAACUGCUAGAUGGAAACAGCUUUUAUAUGCCCGGGCAAUGGAUACAAUUAGUAUUAGGUAUUGUGCAUGAACGUAUUGGGAAAGCUAAGGUACUUGCUCUUUCCGUCCUUGGUCUUCAGAGCUCAGGGAAGUCGACAUUAUUGAAUGCGAUGUUCGGUGUGCAGUUUUCAUCAAGUGCAGGUCGUUGCACAAGAGGUAUACACUCUCAAUUAAUACCAAUGACGAAACAAACGGAGCAGAAUGAAACACCGCUCUUUGAAUAUGUUUUAGUCAUUGACACAGAGGGAUUAAGAGCACCAGAAUUAAGCGAUAGAAAUUACAAUCGUGAUAAUGAGCUGGCAACUAUUAUCACUGGUUUAGGUGACAUAACAAUGCUUAACAUAAUGGGCGAAAAUGCAAUCGAGAUUCGUGAUAUAUUGCAGGUAAUUGUGCAUGCAUUUCUUCGAUUAAAACUAGCAAAUCAUAGGUUAGAUAUAAGGAAAAGUUGUAUACUUAUCCAUCAAAAUGUCGCAGAUAUUUCAGCAUCUGAGAAAAUGAAAAUCGGUUUAGAGUUAACAGUACGAAAUCUUGACAGCGUUACAAGAGAAUCAGCCGAGUCUGAAGGUAUUUCCGAUAUAACAACAUUUGAUCAAAUAAUUGAAUUCAAUACUGAUAGAAACGUUUGGUACUUACCGAAUCUUUGGAAGGGAAAUCCACCAAUGGCACAAAUAAAUCGUAAGUAUAGUGAGACGGUUGUAUCAAUAAAUCAUGAGCUGUUAAACAGAGCAUUAAAUGCUAAAACCAAGUCUUUUAAAAGUCUGGAAGACAUUGUUAUGCAUGCCGAUGAAUUGUGGAGAGGUGUGCUAGCUGAGGAUUUUGUAUUUUCAUUCAAGAAUAGUAUAGAAAAGAAGGCUUACGUUGCACUGGAAAAAAAUCGGAAAGACAAGCUUCGGUCGCUUGAAAGCGAGGUCGACACUGAACUGUUUAAGAUUUCUCAAAACGAAUUCUCAGCUUGCACAACACACUCGUCCUUAGAAACAGCACAGAAUCGUAUCAUAACGGAAAUGACAAAAAUUCUUUCAAGUCUAGAAAGUAAAGCACAAGACGAACUUGAGAAAUUCUUUGCAAGUAAUGAUUACACCGACAUAACAAUACAAUGGAAAGAAAAAACAAUGAAUAUGCUCCGAGAAUUGUGUGCAGGCAUGCUACAAACAAAACUACCAGACAUAGAACGUAUGCGAACAAAUCGAAGUGUCGACAUACUAACAAACUCAAGUCAAGGAGCACAUGAAGAAGAGUUUCGAAAGAAGUCUAUAGAGCUUGCAAAUCUCGUCAGAAAUAAGAAUAUGAGACAUGCAGAAAUUGAAAAGAAAUUUGAAGGUAUUUGGAAUUCCUUUGUUGAACACUCACUUAAGGAAGAGAACCUGUCGACACCUGAAUGUUCGUUAAAACAAAACUUUGUCAAUUGUCUUUCGGAUUUUUUUAACAACCAUCCUGUGUUGUAUCAGGUGCUCGAUCACUACCAAAUGUUCCAAAAGCCUCCUCCAAAAAUUGUUUCUGGAUCUUUUUCUUUGACAACUAUAAGUAAUGAAGACAUCAGCAUAAAAUCAACAAUUAAAGAAAUUGCUACAAAACUGCCCCUCAUUAAAAUAUUUGAUGAUUCAUUCAAAAUAGUUCAAGAUAGGCUUGAGAAUUUCUUUAAAAGUGUUGAUGUACAAGUGCAACAAGUUUGCCAAAAUGAUAUUGCAAUUACUGAUCGCGAGGUUAGAUCAUUUAUAAACGACUUACUAAAUAAAUUAGAAGAAUGUAUGGAAAGCACAUCAAACAAUUUUACUUUGGUAAUUUCUUUCAAUAUCAAAGCUGUCGUUCAUGUAUGUAGCGUAGCAUGUCAUCGCUUUGAAGAACAUAAUAAGGAGUUUCAAAAAUGUCAUGGAUUACAUGUGCGUUUAGCACAAUAUAAGAAACAGUGCAAGGAGAGAUUCUAUGCACACCUGAAUGAACGUAACGCUGAAUCAACUGGUGCUGCAUUAUUUCGCCACGUAGUGGAACAUUUUAUCCGCGAAACUGUCAAAGACGGCAUAUCAAAUCUGGUCAAAAAUGCUUUAAAAUUCAAUAAGCUCCCCAAAACAAAGUAUGAUCUGAUAAUUGAAAUGCUUACUGAAAUGGUACGAAGGGGCAAUUUCAGACUGUUCAAAGAAUAUAUACGAAGUCCAAAAUCCUAUGCAGCAAACUGGAUAACAUCCCAGUCGAACUCAUACCUUUUUAAUGCCAGCACAAAUUAUUUCACAAUUGCUUCAACCGAAGUAAAUUUAUGCCUUGAUGAUAUUGAAACUGGGAUAAGGAAUACUACCGAACAAUUAGAGAAUUCCCCAAGAUCAAUAGAAACAUGGUUGAUAAAAUUCUAUAACAACCUCAAAAUAUAUAAAAUUCCGCUAGAAAAUUUUCGUGAUGUUAAGAGAGAACUGAGUCAUUUAAAAACGAUUGAUGCUGGUAAUUUUAAAUUCAUGCUGAAGGAAGAGUUAAAUCCAGUUAAACUUAUUUUGUUAAAUGAAUUCAAAGCAGAAAAAGAAACAACCGUGAAAUGGAGAGGCUCUAAUCCAUAUGAAGUUGUUAUAACUGACAUAUGGGGGUGUCCUGAGAAAUGUGUAUUUUGCGGGGAACCUUGUUCAGAAUGCAGUUUGCAUCCCGGCUCUAACCAUAAGUGCUUGCAGCACAGACCGAAGGGAUGUGGUGGCGUACAUGAAGUUAAAAACAGAAUGAUUGUGUUGACAACAUGUAAUUACGAUGUAACACAGUCAACCAAUGCAUCAUGCUCUUGUUUUGGUUAUCGUUGUAAUCCGGGAAAAAAAGAAAAGUGCCACUUAAAGAAACAUUCCUUAUCUGAAUAUCAGAAAUUUAUACCAGAUUGGGAUAUUAAAGGUAUAAACGAUGCUGAAGAACGGUCCAAAUUCUGGUUGUGGUUUAUUGGAAAAUAUAAAAAAGAGCUAGCUGAUCAUUACAACAUUGUUGUUUCUAAUGUUCCCAGUUCAUGGAGCUAUUUUUCAGAGAAUGAUGCAAUUCAGAGUCUGCGAAAAACUUAUCCAGAGUAGGUUUCCUAAGAACAUCAGUUGUUGAUACCGAACAUAUCUUCGGCUAUACUACAUGCAAUUGCAUUUGUUUGAAGAAAAUCUUUCAACAUUUAAACCCGGUAGAAGGGAAGAAAUUUUAUCAUAAACAUCUGUCCUGGAUACGGAAUAUUUAAAUUCAGAUUUGUGCUACAUCAAUGCCUAUAUCAUAAACGAAAACGUACGAUUACAUUUAAUACUGCUAUAAAACCCGAACACACGUUUACAUUUGAUACUGCUGAAGGUAAUAAUAAAUACUUUUUAAGGCCGAGAUCUCCCUUUUUUAUUUAUAUUUAAGGAUCCCUCCAAAUUUUUAACGGCUUUCGAUACUAUCAUUCAGAUUAGAAGCUAGUAGUAUGAUCGCCAGACAAUUAUAUUUGUUUUGUUACAUAUAUAUAUAAUCCUAAAGAGCCUACAAACUUUCAAUCCGAGAAACAUGUAAUAAAGGUGUUUCUUUUUGGUUUGUUUUGGAAGUAGAGUUGAAAUACAUGAAUAUUAUGUUACUGUUUAUAGCUUUUUUUCUGAUUUGUUAAAUGGGUAUUAUCAGAUCUAUUUAUCAAAAAGAAAUUGAA